CUUUUAAGUGAGCAAGACCUAGUUUUCACUGUAAUACAAGAAAGCAAACAUGAUUUGCUUUAUCUUAUCGAUCAGCUUGAUGAUUUCAAAACUCGAUACGCACGCACGAGAAAUGAUUCAUGCGCUAUGUACACUCACCGAUCAUGUGUAAACUGCGCGUAAAACAUACAAGUAGCACUGAGCCGCCGACUGCUCGCUUGUACUUUAUCAUGCCGAUUCAACGCCAAAAUAAAUCGUCUUAUUUUAAUCAUGCCCAGUACUCCGCCGGAAGACACUGCAAUCUGGGGAUGGCAGGGAACCGUUCUGGGGAUCGCCCAGCGUAUACGCCAUGUUCUGACUACCGGUGAACAGAGCGAUGUGCAGUUUGCCGUAGGACAUCAAUAUGGCGAGGCCAAGACGUUUCACGCUCACAAAUUUGUGUUAAGUAUUAGCAGUGAAGUCUUCAAUGCCAUGUUCAACGGAAGUCUGCCAGAGAAAUGCGAAGCGGUAAUAGAACUUCCGGAAAUCCCACCGGAAGCGUUUGACAACAUGCUAAAAUAUUUGUAUACCGAUGCUGUGGAGGAUCUCAAUUGGGAAACCGUCUUCUCCACGUUAUACUGUGCAAAAAAGUACGGCAUCCCUUCGCUGGUCGAUCUAUGUACGGCAUUUAUCACCGCAAAAGUGGAUAAAGAUAACUGUCUGGAUGUACUUGAAAAUGUACAAUUGUUGGAUGUGGAUAAUGUGGUCAACAAGUGCUUAGAACUUGUGGACAUAUACGCCAGAGAAAUACUGCAAUCGGAACGGUUUAUCCGAGUCGAGCAGGAAAUGCUACAAAUGAUCCUUAAACGUGAUUCGUUACCGGUGAAUGAGAAUGUCGUUUAUGCGGCCGUUGAAAAAUGGGCGCGGAAUGCCUGCUGGCGAAGUGAUCUAGAUCCAACCGACGCCAACCGACGUCAAAUGCUGGGACCGACAUUGUUCCUUGUACGCUUUCCUUUAAUGGAUGACGCGCAAAUAGCUAACGGCCCCGGAACGUCGGGACUGCUGACGAAAGAGGAGCUGUGCAAUAUCUAUCAGUACAAGCACGCCACCAUCAAACCCGACAUUCCCUUUUCGGCCGCGCCGCGUUGCCCUUACAAUAUUCACGUGGCGGAGGAUGGAAGUGUACUUGUGGACAGGAGCACCUCCAGUCUGUCGCCGCGGAUAUAUAUGGGCGAUAUGGAGUACAUUCUGAACCGGAAUAACCCCUUUGAUGCUCACAUGGCUAAUGUACUGUCAGUGGCCAGAGAUUCUCGUGACCGGUACCGACGACGUGGGCAAGAAGUACCGGAAUGUCGGCAGCAAUAGACGUGUGCAGACCGGAAAUUGAUUUUGGCUACGGAAUGUAAAUUAACAUAGUGAUAUGUAAGCGCCCAGUUUAUCGAAACCGUACUUUCCUCUUCUCGUUCAGGCCAUCAAAACCUAUUUUAAACUGUGUAUUGUUAACGUUUUCGACGUUCUCCAUCGUGCCUUCUAUUGUGCAAAUUUGUGCAGUACCACUGCUAUCAUGGGUAAAAUUCAAUCGCACGAAGACAAUAAAUAUCUUAUU